CAAAACACUCAUAUUAGUGUAGUACAUUACACAAUGGCUAAAUUAUGUUCUUCUUGCAAUCUUCUUCUUCUCGUUCCUCUUCUUUUCAUCUCGGCUUUAGGAGCAUUGCAGUACUCGGGCGCUAACUCGGAUCAGACUCCGGUGUUUUUCAUAUUUGGAGACUCAACCUUUGAUGUUGGGACUAAUAACAACUUAUUGAACAGCGGGGCAAAGUCUAAUUUCCCCUACAAUGGGAUCGACUUUGCCAACUCUACGCCCACCGGGAGGUUCAGUAACGGCUUUAACACCGCCGACCAAAUAGUGAGGCUUUUCGGGUACGAGAAAAGCCCGCAGCCAUAUCUCACCCUAGUGCAAGACCCGUCCACCUUCAAGACGAACAUCCUUCAUGGCGUGAACUUUGCGUCGGGCGGAGCCGGCAUCCUCGAUGCCACUGGAAACCAAACCUACGGAGAGGUGGUGUCGAUGGGGCAGCAAGUCCAGCAAUUUCAGUUGGUCCAAGGAAACAUCACCGAGGUGUUGGGCCCGGAUGCGGCCGCUCAUUUCCUCUGCAAGUCACUGUUCCUCAUCAGCAUCGGGAGCAACGACAUCUUCGAUCACUACCGUUACAACCGGGAUACCGUCUCCCAGCAGCAGCUGAUGGCUUCUCUCAAUUCCACCUAUUAUGCUCAUCUGAAGAACUUGUUCAACCUGGGAGCUCGUAAAUUCGGCAUCGUGAGCAUUCCCCCGAUCGGGUGCUGCCCAUACGCACGGCUCCAGAACACAACCACCACGGGAGGACUACCAGGUUGCCUUACAGAGCUGAACGACGACGCUCAGGCUUUCCAGCUGAUGGUGGCUUCUCUCCUAGAGGGGCUCAAGUAUGAGCUGAACCACGAGUUCAAAUACUCCCUCGGGGAUGUUUACACGAUGACCAAUAUCAUGUUGGGGAAUCCUGGCAAAUUCGGGGGGUUCAAGGACGCCGUGAUGGCUUGCUGCGGGAAGGGACAGUUGAAUGCCAAGAAGCCGUGUAAUAUAUCAGAGAACCCGAACCUGUGCCCGAAUAGAUCUGAAUACGUGUUCUGGGACAUGUUCCACCCGACGGAGCAUGCUGCAGGACUAGUUGCCGAAACCCUCUAUGAUGGAUUUUCCCCUAUCGUCGUCCCAAUGAACUUCAGCCAACUCGCCCAGAUCUAAUGCCCUGCUUACCGAUCAAAUUCCUAUGUCUUCACGAUAGCCCCGUAUUAUAUAUGGAACUAUAAUAACUAAACCGUUAUGUUAUUCUGGCUUGCGAAUGUUUACGAGAAAAGAAGCAAUACAGAAUUGCCUAAAUACAUGGAGCAUUUGUUUAAA